UAUUCGCUGCACCACCGAAUCUCCUCUCCCAGCAUCACAAUGGCUUCGAUCGCGCGCCAGUCCCCCCUCUUCCGGCAGUCCUGCUUCCGCGCCCCUUGGGCCUCCAAGAAUGUCGCCGGCGUGUCGCAGGUCGUGGCCUUCCACGCCUCUGCGAACAAGCAGAUCCUGCCCCCUCUGCCUCAGUCUAUCCAGGGAACGAUGAACGACCCUGCUCCCAUCCCUCACUCCCACCCUGUCCACGGUAGCUACCACUGGACCUUCGAGAGACUCGUCUCUGCUUCCCUCGUCCCUCUCUGCAUUGCUCCCUUCGCUGCCGGCUCCGUGAGUCCCGUCAUGGACGCCGUCAUCUGCUCGGCUAUCGUCGUUCACUCUCACAUCGGUUUUGACGCCUCUAUCACCGAUUACUUCCCCACCCGCCGUGUGCCCAAGACCACCGUCUUCAUGAAGUGGCUGCUGCGUGCCUUCACGCUCGGCACAGCCGUCGGUCUGUACGAGUUCGAGACGAACGAUGUCGGUGUCACGGAGGCUCUCCGCAGGGUGUGGAAGGCAUAAAUUCGGGGCGUUUCUUGUUUGCUGUUUGUUCUGUUGACAGGCGUUUUGCCUCUGUAUAUGCUGUCUUUAUUUUCGUCUGUUCUGGUAGACGCCAGUACUGUGGAAUCCUUACUGCCCUGGAGCAUAAAAUUAUAGUCCUGUUUUGUAUGUGCAU